CCUAGCUGCAAAAGACCCAAACUUUUCAUCUACGGAAGAAGGGUUCAAGAAUCAAUUCUUGAACGUUUGUUUUGACUAUAAAAAUACUCUCUUUUCCGAUUGUGAUUGCAGCAGGGCAUUGAAAUCAGCGGCCGGAAUCAUGUUUUUUCACAUUGUGUUAGAGCGAAACAUGCAGUUGCAUCCUCGGCAUUUCGGGCGAGACCUCCGUGAAAAGCUCGUUUCCAAGCUUAUGAGGGAUGUUGAGGGAACGUGCAGCGGUAGGCAUGGGUUCGUUGUAGCCAUAACAGGCAUAGAGAGUGUUGGUAAAGGGCUAAUUCGUGAUGGGACUGGGUUUGUUACCUUCCCGGUUAAGUAUCAGUGUGUAGUUUUCAGGCCAUUCAAAGGGGAGAUUUUGGAAGCAGUUGUAACAAUGGUUAACAAGAUGGGUUUCUUUGCUGAAGCUGGGCCAGUUCAAAUAUUUGUAUCUAAUCAUUUGAUACCUGAUGAUAUGGAGUUCCAAUCAGGAGAUAUACCUAAUUACACAACUUCAGAUGGAUCGGUUAAGAUUCAAAAGGAGACGGAAGUGCGCCUAAAGAUUAUUGGAACACGAGUUGAUGCUACAGAAAUUUUCUGCAUUGGCACCAUAAAGGAUGAUUUUUUGGGUGUGAUCAGUGAUCCGGGUGCAGCAGCCUAAAAUCAAGGCACGAGUUUCAAGUCGUUUCUAUUUAAAAUUUGCUUUUUAAAUUGUAUCAGAUAUGUUGAGCAAAUUGAGGUUGGCUGACUUGGUUUACUACUGGUGGGAGAGAAGUGGUUGUUUUUACUUGCACAAUUAUGAGAAAAUUGUCAAUUAACUCCCACAAUCAAUCAACUUAACCUUUAUUUUGUAUUUUUAUUAUUAUUCUUAUGGGUAUGAAAAAUGUGCAUGUAUGAUAUAUACAGAUCUAAAUACAUCUGAAACCUUUUUUUUUUAGCAAUUAUUAUUGGAUUUUACUUUC